UAGGAAGCUGCCACCCACCAAAUCAACGGGGGGUGUGGAAAUCAGGUUAAAGCGAUCCCGAUCCAGAGGAGGGAAGAGAGGACGACGACAACAACAACAUGGGAUUAGACAUCAGCCGAGCAAUCAGGAAGACGGUUUAAGUCAAAGCGGCAUUUAAUAGCACUAGGCUGCAUUUGCGUCUUUCUGGACCCUCGUACAUCAGGCAAGCAGAAAAUUACUCGUUACUCAUGACAAGAGCACAGAGACAAAAAUGGAGAGCGGAGCAUCGCUGGAUAUGAAAGAAGACCAUACGUCAGCACUUAAACAUUUCAAUGGACAAGCCAGAAGGAUGGUGUCAAAGAUGAGUUUGACGGAACCAUGGAAAUGGACCCUUUAAGAUCUCCAACUUUCAGUGCCACACAUGGCCUCCUGACUCCAGCUCUCCAACCCAGCCAAGAGGACCGACCCAAGUGAGUGAUUUCUAUGUGUGGGCUGAACAAUGACCACCAGAUGAAUGUGAUCAGCUUUGAACCAUCCAGGAAGUUCAUAUCACCGACGGCAAAUUGCGCCGGGAGCAUACCUUCUAUUCAUCUUCAGAUAUUCUGUAGCUCGGCCAAACCCAAAUUUGUGGCUAAAUUUCGCAUUUGUAGAUGUUUCCCUUUCCCAAGCUCACCAGAAUGCUCCAUCAGAUCAGCGAUUGCAAAGACCAGCACCUGGGCAGUGAGCGCAGCCGUUACCACUGAACCGUGAACUCUUUGUCUAAGCUGUCUCAACCAAAAACAAGGACCACAAUGAAGGUGGGACUAUCGCAGCGCAGUAUAUAAAUAAACUCCAAGCUAUGCAAAAGCAGUCAAUGUUGGUCACUGGAUGACAAGCAGAAGGAAGACGUUAGCGGACUGAGGCGGCUUUGACGGACUACUUAACUUGAGCUGGCCUGGCUGGACGUGGAAGCAAAUAUCAAUCCGAUGUGAAGGUGCUGCCAUGGGGGAGACAGCAGAAUACAAGCGGCUGCAGGAGACUUUAAAAUCUGACUGCCACUCCGCAAGAGAUGAUGAUGAAGAGAAACUGGGCAACAAUAUGGAAUGUGAGGAAGGCACAGACUGGCUGCUGGAGCUGCUGAUAGAAGUCCAGCUGCAGCAGUACUUCUUGCGAAUCAGGGACGACCUCAAUCUCACACGGCUCUCCCAUUUCGACUACGUCAAGAAUGAAGACCUGGAGAAGAUUGGCAUGGGUCGACCUGGGCAGAGAAGACUGUGGGAGGCUGUGAAGAGGCGGAAAGCAAUGUGCAAGCGCAAGUCCUGGAUGAGCAAGGUGUUCAGUGGUAAGCGUCCAGAUGGCGGAGACUUUCCCCAGCAGGGCCAGCCCACCUCUUUGUUCCGUAAACUGUCUUCCACACCUCCGCUGGGCUUAGUGGAGGGGGUCCUGGCCACAUAUCCCGCUGGAGAUGUUCCUCUUGAUGGCCAACAGCAACAGGCUCUGACCUGCCUCAUCUCAGAGAAGGACCUGACUCUUCUGGAAAAGCUAGGGGAUGGAUCUUUUGGCGUUGUGAAGAGAGGAGAGUGGCUGACUCCUGCAGGAAAGCUGAUGAAUGUAGCUGUGAAGUGCUUAAAGACUGAUGUGCUCAGCCAGCCCGACGCUCUGGAGGAUUUCAUCUGCGAGGUCAACGCCAUGCACUCGCUAGAUCACCAGAACCUCAUUCGCCUCUACGGUGUGGUGCUCACACACCCAAUGAAGAUGGUGACUGAGCUGGCGCCGCUCGGUUCUCUGCUGGAUUGCUUGCGCUCCGUCCAUCCGCAAGGCCCCGUGUUGAUCCACACUCUGUGUCAGUAUGCGGUGCAGGUGGCCUGCGGCAUGGCCUAUCUGGAGCAGAGGCGUUUUAUACACAGGGAUCUGGCAGCCAGAAACAUCUUACUGGCAUCAGCUCACAGAGUGAAGAUUGGCGAUUUUGGCCUGAUGAGGGCACUACCCAACAAUCAUGAGCAUUAUAUCAUGCAGGAACACCACAAGGUUCCCUUUGCAUGGUGCGCCCCUGAGAGUCUGAAGACCAGAACCUUUUCUCAUGCUACUGACACUUGGAUGUUUGGUGUGACUCUAUGGGAAAUGCUCACACAAGGCCAGGAGCCUUGGUUAGGCCUCAAUGGGAGCCAGAUUCUGCAUAAAAUUGAUAAAGAAAAUGAACGCCUUCCUAAGCCAGAGGACUGUCCGCAGGAUAUUUACAACGUCAUGUUGCAGUGCUGGGCACAGAAAUCAGAUGACAGACCUACUUUUGUAUCCCUACGGGAGUUCCUACUUGAGACCAUGCCUACGGAAAUGUGUGCCCUGCACGACUUUGAUGAGCAAGAUAAGCUCCAGAUUCAGACCGAUGAUGUCAUCACAAUCAUUGAGGGGAGAGCCGAAAACUAUUGGUGGCGAGGUCAAAACCAACGCACCCUCAAAGUGGGACAGUUUCCCCGGCACGUGGUGACUUCAGUGGCAGGUUUGUCAACUCAUGACAUCAGCCGACCACUCAAGAACAGCUUCAUCCACACCGGCCACGGGGAUGCCAACCCUCAUCACUGCUGGGGCUUCCCUGACAAGAUCGAUGAUUUGUAUCUUGGGAAUCCGAUGGAUCCUCCCGAUGUUCUCGGUUUGGACCUCAGUGCAGCUCGGCCCACUCAGCUACACGGGCGAGCAAAAAAGGAGCCUCCUCCUCGCCCUCCUCAACCAAGCGUGGUAAUCAAGAGUAAGUCUGCUUUCUCUCAGCAGCUCUUCUUCACCCAUUGCUCCUGCCCUCUCUGUUCCCUUCUAGCUCCACUCUUCAAAGAGCCUUGUUAUGAUGCAGUGUAUCAGGAUGAGGACUUGACAUCUGCCGAAUUGAAGAGACUGUCACUUGGGAAAAUUAGCUCUGUCAAACUUCGACCGACGGCCCGGGUCUCGUCUUCCAAACGGGGCACUGACAAGACUGGGAGAGAAGCGUCCCUCAUUGACUUUGGGGAAGACUUUCCCUCGCCCGCACCCUCCCCGACACCUGCGGUUGAAAGUGUUGUAAAGCUGUUUUUGAAAGCUGAGAAUCUCUUGGACAGAACACCUUCUCAGAGUCCCUCCAAGUCGUUGCCCCGCCUACUUCACUCCACGCCGAUAGUACACUGGGAUGCACGGCCUUUACCCCCGCCCCCGGCGUAUGACGACGUAGCCCAAGAUGAAGAUGAUAUGGAGGUGAGUUCCAUCAACGGCAUGGAGCAACAGCACAGUAAGGAGCAGAAGAAUGUUCGCAUCCCAGAGGAGGAGCUUCCCUGUGGACAGGAAGCGGGGGGCGUGGCCCGUGUCUUCAGAGUUACGAAGAAACCAUGCCUGGAGGAUAACCUCUUUCCCCUCAGCAAGCACAGCCAGGGCCCAACUACCUCAUUCUCCCAGUCUGAAGAAAUAUUCCAGGAACCCAUGCAAGAGUGCAUGAGGAGGCUCAACGUCCCGAGUUCAGCCUCAAGCCUGCAGGCACACGCUGAGAAUAAAUCCCAGAUUCCCCCUCGUGUCCCUAUUCUCCCUCGGCCAAUUAAAAAGGGUGACUACUCCUCUGCUCGUUGGUCCUGGGACCUCUCUCUGUCCCCGACCCCGGCCGACCUCACCAAUGACAUUUCAAGCUCAGAGCAGGAUCGGCCACCGCAAAUUCCUCCCAGGGAACCUUUGUCGCAGCCUGGCUCCAGGACUCCCAGCCCCAAAAGCCUGGAGGUGGGCUCACCGCAGCAGAGAGUCUACUCUGUCAGCCCCAUCAGCAUACCAGUUGCCCUAACCGCCUGCCCCCCCACACACACCUACAGCUCCUACCUCUCCACCUCUCCAGGUAAAUUCAUGCCUACUACGCAUAGCUUUGCUUCGGAUCCCAAAUACACUGCACCCAAAGUGAUCCAGGCACAGGGGAAGGACUUUGUAAACAAGGCCCCCUGCAUCCUCCCCAUUGUCCGUGAUGGACGGAAAGUUAGUAACACUCACUAUUACCUUCUGCCGGAGAGGCCGCCCUACCUUGACAAAUACGACCGCUUCUUCAGGGAGGCCGAGAGCCUGACCGGCAGCACCGCCGAGGACAGACGCGUACGGCAAGCUAACACCGCUAUGGUGCGACCGAUGCUGCUCAGCACUUUGCAGGCGCAGGGUCAGGGACAGGGGAUUGCCCCGCUGGGUGAGCUGAAGACUAAUUUCUCCAGCCAUCUUGGAGCACGGACAGGAAUGAAGACAUCAGUUACCCUCUCUGGUAUUUGUACUGAGGCUUUGACAACACCAGCGGGCAUCGCUUACUGUCCCAGGACAGACGGAUUGGAAAAUUCAGCUGACAGAGUCAAAGCGGUGCAAGAGGCAGUUCAUGGUGUGACGAUCGAAGAGUGUCAAACUGCCCUCCAGAACCACAAUGGGAACAUUGAGAAAGCUGUGCAUUACCUGAAGGUGGAGCAGUUGUUUUGUUUGGGACUAAGGAGCAGGUCUGAGUGUUUGAAGUUGCUGGAGAUGUGUGACUGGAACCUGGAGGUUGCCAGCACCCAAAUGUUGGAUAACUAUGAAUCUACAACACAACAAAGCAUGCAGCAUUACCCAUGGGCGUCUGCUAUCGAUCCAGCCCCAUCAGUUUGGUUGUCAGGGAUGCCUGGGGCUGAACAGGUCUGGCAGUGGAGAGCAGGAGCACAAAUGUAGCAGCACGAGAGAAGUCUGGGCCACUACUCUUUCCAUGAGAAGCGUUUGAAGCUUCGGAAGAAUAAAUCAGGACAAACACAAGCAGGCUGCAUUGGUAACGUAAACAGUUUCCAGGGAAGCUGUCAACUUGGCCCUUUAAAUGUUCUCGGACAAUUUACUCUGUGAUUUGAUAUGAUGACUUGGAGCCAAUCCAGGGUUUGCCCGCUUUUGUGCCCAACGUCAGCUGGGAUAGGCAUCAAGCCACCCAUCUGUUCCCCUAAUGAGGGCGACCACAAAAGAACAUGGGCGGGUGGGCGAAAUUGAUACCCUGUUCAUAAAAGAGUGUUUUUUUCUUCAGGAUUCAAUUUACCGUAAAUUCCGGACUAUAAGCCGCGACUUUUUUCCAAAAUUUUGAACCCUGCGGCUUAUACUCAGGUGCGGCUUAUAUAAGGAUUUUUUCGUGAUUUUUGUGAUGACUUGAUCACUUAAAGAUUCAAGAGUUUUUUAUUCACCAUGUUUGAGCGUGGCGGCUCGGUGGCGCACUGGGUAGCACGUCCCUGUGUGGAGUUUGUAUGUUCUCCCCGGGCCCGCGUGGGUUUUCUCCGGGCACUCCGGUUUCCUCCCACAUCCCAAAAACAUGCUUGGUAGGCCGAUUGAAGACUCCAAAUUGUCCCUAGGUAUGAGUGCGAGUGCAAAUGGUUGUUUGUCUCUGUGUGCCCUGCGAUUGGCUGGCAACCGGUUCAGGGUGUCCCCCGCCUACUGCCCGAUGACGGCUGUGAUAGGCUACAGCACGCCCGCGACCCCCGUGGGGACUAAGCGGUUCAGAAAAUGGAUGGAUGGAUGUUUGAGCGUGCCAAACAAGUUAUUUGACUUCGAUAAAACACACCCUCUGUUCAACAUUUAGGUGACUAACAACACUCAGGACAUGUGAAAAAUGGCAAAAAAAAAAAAAAGCUUUUCACUUUUAUACACUGCGGUAUCUUGAAAAAAAAAACGACAACAAAAAUACUAUUUUGAAACACUACUAUGGCUGCUGCUUAUUCUGGCUGUGUUGCUUGUGACUAUUAGUAGGAAUGCACGCUAGGCCUCUAAACCCUUUCUCUUACUCUGCCAUGUGACUCAGAGAUUACACAAAGCAGUGGCGCUGUUUGGACCAUCUGCAUAGUAUUAAAACCCAAUCAAUCAGCAUUUAAAUUCAAUUCUUCUGACAUUUUGCUCACCAAAAACAAGUUGUAAUGAACGUGAACUUUUAAUGCAUUUUAUUCAGAAGGUUACUUUGAACCCGAGGCUUAAAUGGCGCCGUUGUAGUGGGUUGACAUAAUUCACCCGGAACCUAAGUUCACGUUACAGAGUUCCGGUGGGACAGUUUACACGUGUGGGACUUUCCUGUUUAGAGUAGGGUGUGUUAGGAUCGUAAAGGGAAAAGAGUUUUUUACGGCCUCCGGGGCGCUCUAGCAGGAAGCAAGAGCGAGACAGACGAAGAAGAGAUAAUGCGCCGAAGAAGACGUGCUAGUUUGUCAAGACGGUUGCAUCACUCUUUUCUUUAUUUCGUGGCCCGUCUACUCUGGAUCUAUACGUGUCGCUCGCUAGUUUUGUAAUGUAAUUUAGCGCUUCGUGCAUGAAUAAAAUUAGCAUGAACAGACCCUCAUCACACUCGAAGAAAUGGAUAAAAGCGAUGAAGAGAGACUGAGAAAGUGUGAGGCGAAGGAUAUUUAACGCUAUUCCAAUCGGACGCUGAGGAGGAAGACUUCGAUGGUUUCAGUGCACAGGAGGAAGAUGAAGACGAUGAAGCUCUUUUCUUACUUUUACUGGUAUGUUUUUUAACGAGCCCUGUUGGUGUUGUACUACCGUGUUGCUGCCGUGUUAUCGCCGCGUCUCAGUGACUUUUACCGGGUAUGUUUUUUUUAAUCCAGCCCAGUAGUCUUGUGUUACUUCCGUGUUGCUGCGGUAUUACUGUUUGGAAAGAAAUGUUAAGGUAUGUUAUUAAAACUUUAAAAAAGCUUUCUGUGUCCAGUCUUUCUUUGUUAAUAACUCGCGUUGGAAAGAAAUGUUAAGGUGUGUUAUUAAAACUUUAAAAAAGCUUUCUGUGUCCAGUCUUUCUUUGUUAAUAACUCGCGUGCACACUUCCUUGUUGCUGCGGUACUACUGCUGCGUCACAGGCAAUGUUUAGAAAGACAUGUUAAAGUAUGUUAUUAAAACUUUAAAAAGGCUUUCUGUG